AAUCCAUCAGGAGGUAGCUAGCGCGAGCUGAGACUCACGUACCCAUCAAAUCACCUCACCUCAGCUCAUCACAUCAAAGAAAUAUAUACUCCGAUCCCUUCCCACAUCGAUCCAGGAGAGAGGGGACCGAGCCGAUCGGAGCCGACCCACCACUAUAUAAACCCCCUCCCUUCCCAUCCCCCUUUCCCCCACACUACCGCUCGCAAACGCAAAGGCCACUUCUCUUCUCCUCUCCUGCUCAUCUACAGCAUUGCUUGCGCUCUGUCUAUCAAAACCAACGCACCGAGAGCAAGCAAGCUAGCAGCCGCACGCGCGCCUUCCUUCUCUUCAGGUGGUGGGCGCGCCGGCACGUACUGUACACAGCGCGCCGUUUGCUUGCUUGUGUAGUUGUGUUGUGUGUCCACCCACAGCUAGCUAGCGCCAUGAUGUCACCCGCGGAGUCGUCCGAGACCUCCUUCUUCCCGGACCACAUCGUGGAGCAGCAGGAGCAGCCCCCCUUCGUCGAGCAGGAGCAGCUGUGCUACGUCCACUGCAACUUCUGCGACACCAUCCUCGCGGUGGGCGUGCCGUGCAGCAGCCUGUUCAAGACGGUCGCCGUGCGAUGCGGCCACUGCGCCAACCUGCUCUCCGUCAACCUCCGGAGCCUCCUGCUCCCGGCCGCUGCCCCCAACCAGCUUCCCUUCGGCCAGUCGCUCAUCUCCCCAACCUCGCCGGCGUCACCGCACGGCCUCCUUGAUGAGAUGUCGUCGUUCCAAGCGCCGUCGAGCCUACUGACUGAGCAGUCCAGCCCCAACGUAAGCAGCAUCACGAGCAGCAACAACAGUUCUGCCAUCAACACGCCGGCGACCAUGUCGAUGCCGCCGGAGAAAGCAGCGCAGAGGGAGCCGCAGACGCGGAAGAACGCGUCAUCAGGGUCGACCAAGCAUCCAGAGAAGCGGCAGAGGGUUCCCUCGGCAUACAACCGAUUUAUCAAAGACGAGAUUCAGCGUAUCAAGGCGAACAAUCCGGACAUCACCCACAGGGAGGCUUUCAGCGCAGCUGCCAAGAAUUGGGCUCAUUUUCCACACAUCCAUUUCGGUCUGAUGCCUGAUCAGGCCCUGAGGAAGACCAGCAUACAAAGCCAGGAUGCAGCUGGGGACUGCAUGCUCUUCAAGGACAGUCUCUACGCGGCCGCCGCAGCAGCCGCAGCGGCAUCUAGCAUGGGCGUCACUCCAUUUUAGCAGCUUCUUAGAAUUGUCUUUGAGCUGCAUUCUAGCUAGGGUGCUGGAGUGGAGAACCAUGAGAUCUUGAGAUGUAUCGUAUCUACGAGUACUCUUCUCGUUUUCGUUGUUUCUUCCUGUCUUUUGCCCUUUCCUUGGUCCUAUUAGCCUGUCAGAGGUUGCCGUGUAUGCUGCCUCUUAUCUUAUGGACAUAAAUCUAGUAGCCGCACAUUGUUGUUUUCAAUUAGCAGAUAAUCGAUCGCAUUACGUAUUUUGAUUUCUACUAUGUGCUGAUUAAUUGA